CGAUCGCCCUGCUGCCACAUAGAAGAUGGCGGACGCUUUUACGUACGACUCAGCGCUCCAUGAGGGGUCUACGUAUUGAUGUCUAUGUUUAUAGCAGCGGUCUUGAUGCCGCCCUCCUGCAGCACGUUCUCAACAACUUCCGGUUUUCCAGCUGCUAUCGUAGCUUUCAGCAAUUGCAGAUGCUUUGUGCUCACCGUCGGCAGUUUCGGGCAGAUUGAUCAGUAAAACCGCUCUGCGGUUUGCUUAAAGUGGAUGGCUGCAGGUCUACCUCAAAGGAUCAGCCAGACAACAGCGGUCACAUGAGAAAGAAAGGAAGGCUGCGAUGGAGAAGAGCCACAGUCUGAAGAUGGUUUGCGGUUCCAGUAUAGCUACAAUUCCUCCCUGCUGAGACUGAGGGUGUGAUGGUCAUCUAAUCCAGUUCUCGCCUUCUGACUGUCCACGUCAUCAGAGCCAAUGGACAGUCACUGCCUGCUGCAUCUCACCGUAACCCUGCUGGUUCUGCUUAACCCAUGUCUGGCCAGGCUGACUCCCAGAGUCUCCUUCCCAAUGGGUAGCCCUGGGAGACGUCUCACCUGCUUCAGCAACCAUGACCUCAGUAACACCACAACCCUUCUUCUCAGUGAGGAUGGAGAAAAGCUGUAUGUAGGAGCACGUGAUGCUGUGUUAGUGCUGGAUGUUGGUCAUAAAGACACUGUUCUCCUGAGGAGCAAGCUGGACUGGAGCCCUUCUGAAAAAGACCUAGAAGAGUGUUCCAUGAAGGGCAAGAAAAUGGCGGACUGUCCCAAUUUCAUCCGAGUUCUGCAGUUCUUAAACAGCACUCACAUAUACGUGUGUGGCACAUUUGCCUUUAGUCCACGCUGCGCAUAUAUCAACUCAGAGACUCUCACAAUGAGCCUCAACACUGAUGAAGGGAGAAGUCGCUGCCCUUAUGACCCCUACCAGCGCAACACUGCUAUCAUUGUGGGCGGAGAGCUUUACACUGGCACUGUGGCAGACUACAGAGGGAACCGACCAGUCAUCUCCCGACACCUCAGUGAGGGCAGCCGGGUGGACCUUAAGUUGGAUGACACAUUAGGAUGGCUGGAGGAUCCAACCUUCAUCAGCUCCAAGUUCAUUCCACAUGAGGAGAAAAUCUACUUUUUCUUCAGUGAAGUGGGCAGAGAGUAUAACUUCGUAGACAAGUUCAUUGUCUCUCGUGUUUCUCAGAUCUGCAUGAGUGAUGUCGGAGGUCAGCGCACUCUGCAGAGACGAUGGACCACGUUUGCCAAAGCUCAGCUGUUGUGCCAAGAUGGCAGCGAGCUCCCUUACAAUGUGAUCCAGGAUAUUGACGUGCUUCCACCGGCAGAAGGCGCUUCAGUGGAUGACAUACUGUUUUACGGCAUCUUCACCUCUCAGUGGGCUGUGAACUCUGGAAGAUCAGCGGUGUGUUCCUUCACUCUGACUGAGAUCAAAUCCAUUUUCUCCGGGAACUACAAAGUCCUGAACAGAGACACGUUACAGUGGAGUGCACGAGUCCAAGAGAAGGUGGCAAACCCAGGAGAGUGUGGCCUGCACAAUGCCUCAGAUAACGCUCUGCGCUUUGUCAAAGAAAACUUCCUGGCAGAGGACAGUGUGCGUCCAGCUGGAAGACGCCUGACCUUGGUGUCUCGCGAGCACAUCUACAGCCACCUGACUGUUCAGAGAGUCCAGGCUGCCAAUAAAAAGCUCUACACUGUCCUGUUUCUGCUGACAGAGUCUGGUCACUUACACAAAGCAGUGCUGCUCCAACAGGGGCCCUACAUCAUAGAGGAGAUUCAGGUUUUUAAACCUCCUCAGCCAAUCAGGAGCCUGACGCUGUCUAUCCCAAAGGGUAUGCUAUAUGUUGGAACAUCAGAGGGGGUGGUGAGGAUUCCAACUGCUAACUGCUCCUACUACUGGACCUGUGCCCAGUGUGUUCUUUCCCGGGAUCCUUUCUGUGGUUGGGAUGCAGCCAGCAGGGCCUGUGUGGAGGUCUCCAUCACCCAGACCGCGCUGAGCCAGGACACAGAUGGAGGAAAUGUUGAAGAAGCCUGUAACAGUGUUUCAUUAACACAGAGAACCAAAUUUGGACCAAGUAAGAUGCCCACAGUCUCGUGUCCUGCAGGUGAGCUGGUCUCCGUGUCUCUGAACGACGUGGUGCGGCUACACUGUCCUGCAGCGUCACAGCUGUCCCACCAGCUGUGGGAGCGUCCAAACAGCCGCCUGUCCUCAGACCUCUACCUCCACCUGCAGGAUGGGAGCCUCAGCUUUGUGGCCACUCCAGCCACUCUGGGCCACUACCUCUGUCUGUCCACAGAGAACGGCUACCGACAGACCAUGGCCAUUUAUCACGUCAAGCAGAAGAGCAGUCCCGUGGGACAGACUCCAACCAGCUACACCCGGAGCCACACACGAGCCCAGCCCACUAGGGAAGGGCCUAAAGCAACAGAAUCCAGACCAGCAGCGACGAAACCCUCACUGGCCAUCAGGAACACUCCAAUCACCACCAGGCAGCUUGAUAGAAAUUUAACUUUGUGGAUGAAAGAAUAUGAAAAUCUGGAAACAAAAUUCCAUGAUGGGAACCCUCUGCUGUCAGCCUGCUGCCCCAGCUACCUGAACGAGCUGGUGGUGGUGUCCAUUCUGCUGGUGGUGUGCCUCAGUCUGCUCAUCACAGUCACUCUGUAUGUUCUCAGACAGCAAUGGCGGAGACAGACUGCACCUGGAAUGGGAACUCCAAGCAGGAGCUCUGACCGGAGGACCCCUGAGGAGCAGGAGUCCUUGAGGGAGAAUGAGUGUGGGAGCAAAGCCAAUGGUCAGGCGUCCUCUGGUGGACACGCCAGUGGCUUGGUUUGUAACAGGAACCUUACAGACUCUACCCAGAAUUUGCCAAACACUCCCUUCUGAGCAGCAGCCUAAGAGCCUUUUGAGCUGCUACAGAGCAGAGCACCAUGGAGGGGGAACGUUGCAGUAGCAGGGUUCAUUUGGUGAGCGCUGCACAGGAACAGUUCAGGGCCAAGUUAGACUUCCUGAAUGUUCUGCAGCCUGAGUACUGCACAAGUGGCUGCUCCACUUGUGUUUUUUAAAGGGAACUUGAUCUUUUCCAAUACAAAUUAAUGAUAGUUGGAUCUAACAAACAAAGCAGAGCUUAGUCUUUAAACCACAUCUGAGAUCUGACUGUUAGCUCAAGUCUAAUGAACGUAUAGAACUGUUUUAUGAAUUAUUAGCAGUUCAACUGUGGUCAGUAGCCAAAACCCACCUGUCCAGUUAGAAUGCUGUUGAGGUAACAGGGAUGUGAUGUUAGAUGGAGCUGUUGGGAUCAGAUGGUGUUCCGCACCUCACUGAUGUGCCUUGAAUGCAUUUUUAAAGAUGUUCUGGUGGAGUUCUUCUUAUUACUUUAUCUGAUUUUCUUUUCAUCACAUCCUGAACUUUUUUUUUAUCUCAUUGAUAUUCCUUAACUCUGAUGACACUGUGCUGUCACUGCACAUGUUUACCUGCUCAUCAAUAAACCAGCUGCUCUGUCAAA